GAUUGGAUCAGAGCGGCCAACUGCUGGUCACGUGCGCUGAGGUUAGUUGGCAUUCUGGGACAAACAGUCGGUGGCAGCGACAACAGCAGCAGUUUGCACCGAGGAGGCAGAGAAACAACUACACCCAGCUAGCAGGGAGGGAGGAAAGACAACUGUUUCUUUAUGUCCGUCUCCUCAGUCUUUUGUCGCCACUCUUUUAUCCGGGAGAACCGGACGAGCAGGCCAGCUACGACGGUUUUAUCCCUGAAAGGCAGCGGUGGACUUUAUCCGCGCAGGGGAGUAAGUUAGCCGCGCACUGAUUUAUGCUAGUUAGCUGGACGGGGUAAUGCUGCCGGAGACAUAAAAGUUGAUGUCCUCGCACCUCCUCUUGGAUUCUGGUUCAUCUUUAGUCCAAAAGAAGUGUCGGAUUGUUUUUUUUUGUCAGUGUCCUCCUCGCAGCUCGUCUCUCUCCUGCCCCCUGACAGCUCCCUCCAUCCAUUGACUCUGCAUCGUCCUGAGCUGAGGGUUUGGUGACAACUCUGAAUAUGGCGAGUGUUUCAGACAGAGACCACAAACCUGACACUUCUCAGUCAUUGGACUGGCGCCUUGGCCAGCUAGUGUACCCUAGAUAAACACUGUUAAACUGGACAGUUCAUGUAAUGGCCAAGGAGAGUGACGGAUACUAUCUUUAUGUCUGCUGAAGCCCAUCUUCUCUAAAGUUCAUACUUUACCUCUGUUGAUAUCUCUAGACAUGGACUUGAUGUAAAGACUGUGUGGAAAUCCCAAACGUCAACAUUCAUCUCAGCCCUGCCGCUGGUCCCCCCCCCCCCCCCCCACAGCUUAUUUGAGGGCCAACAUGUCAAUGUCGGGGUCCACGACCGUGCAGCUUUUCACCAAGCUGGUCAAACACGCUGUGGGCAAGGCGCAGAUUCAGCUGAACCGCUGGCUGCAGAGGACUGCCACAGAUGAGUGUGACAAAAUUGACAUCCUGAUAUGCAGCGCCUUCGACGAGACAGGGGCGGUCGUGGGGAAGUCGGACGGAGACCCCGAGGUUGUCAGUGCCACAGGGGGGACGACCUUCAGCAACAGCGGAGAGUUCAGGCACCCGUGCUGUAUCACCACCUUUUGCUUCAAGAGCGCCCUGCUGGCAUGCAUCCUGACUGCUGUGUGUUUCUCCUCUGUUGCCCUGGUGCGCCAAUACCUCAAGGACCUCCUGCUCUGGGUGGAGAGCUUGGACAGUCUCGUCGGAGCCCUGCUGUUUAUAGUCGGUUUGAUUAUCGUGUCUUUCCCGUGUGGAUGGGGAUAUAUUGUUCUUAAUGUGGCAGCUGGCUACCUCUACGGCUUUGUGCUGGGCAUGGGACUAGUUAUGGUGGGAGUUUUAAUAGGGACCUUUGUGGCACACCUGGUGUGCAAACGACUAUUGACUGACUGGGUGCUGAACAAGGUCGGGAACAGUGAACAGCUCAGCGCUGUCAUACGAGUGGUGGAGGGAGGAAGUGGACUCAAAGUUGUGGCCUUAGCGAGACUCACUCCCAUACCUUUUGGGCUCCAAAAUGCAGUUUUCUCGAUCACAGACGUGUCCUUGCCAAACUACCUGGUGGCCUCCUCUGUGGGUCUGUUGCCCACUCAGCUUCUCAACUCCUACCUGGGCACCACGCUUCGCACCAUGGAGGAUGUCAUUGCUGAGCAGAGUGUCAGCGGCUACUUUGUAUUCAGCCUGCAGAUCAUCAUCAGCAUCGGCCUGAUGUUCUACGUCGUGCACCGGGCUCAGGUAGAGCUCAACGCAGCCAUCGCAGCCUGCCAGAUGGAGCUGAAGUCGUCACACAUGAAUGGUUCCUCCACCAAUCACGGCGGCUUCACCUACUGCAGCAAGAGGGCAACAGCUGGCAGCGGAAACUGCAUCAACGUUGUGUGAGCGCCAACCGACACGCAAUGCAGUGAGCUCGUACGACUCGGUCAGAUUGCAGAGCUUGAGGGAAUCUGCCGAGUUAAGACAGGGGGUCUGAAAUACGUUGGUGGCGUGUUAUAUUAUUUUCAACAUCGUUUUUUUUUCAUCGUAUUUUGACCACCCUCGUGAGAAACCCCUUGAGAGCGUACGUCUUUUUUCGGUACAGUGUUUCAGAUGUGUGGGACCACGCACGUUUGAGAGAACAGUGCUAAAGAAAAUGUUUUGCGGUACAUCAUCUCGGGAGGUUUUGUUUAUUUUUUUAAAUUAUUUUCAUUAAGGUAAUUUGUAACAUUCACUGUUACAUGAGAUGUCAAUGAAACGAUGAUAUUUAGAGAUAUCAGAGGUGGCUGAGUGAAUCAUGAAAAAAAAAAAAUUAGGAGGCAUUAACUGCCUGCUAACACUAUGAAUGUGCAAUCUGGAGCUUUCUAGAGAACCAAGGAAUUGUUUUUCAUUUCAUUGUCAAAAGAAUGCCAACCUAUGCACCUUUCUUUCAUACUGCAUCUGUCUUAUUUGAAGGGAUCUUAUAAUUAAUUCACGGUACAAAUAAAAAGGGCAUUAUUAAUAUUUUUGAAAGAUUUUGGCUGUUCAGUCCAGUUCAUUUGUGUUUCAAGUGUCUUAUUUUUGGACUAUCAAGAGAGAGGAGCAUCAGCGGCCUCUCUUGACUGUGUGAUUUCUGCUGGCAUACGACCACAUCAGCUCAAUCGGCCUUGUCUGCCCGGAGAUCAUUUUAGCGCUUCUGCAGUUUUGAUAAGAGCAGCUGGAGCGGAGAGCAGAUUUCCCAGCAGGAGUCUCAGGAAUGUUUCUGCCAGGAAAGUUUAAAGUGUAAGCGUGAUCAGCUCCUCUGUAGCUUAGCCAUGUGUUCUGCUACAGAAAGAUUCCCACAGUGAACUGGAAACAAGAUGUCAAGCUUUCCUGCAAAUGUUUGGAAUUCACUUUGAUUUGUUUUUUUUGGUUUACAUUUUUAUUUGGCUGUGAGAUUAUCCAUUAGGAUUAUUACAUAGUUUUCGUUUAAGGUCGCUUAAUUUUCCGACAAUUCUGUGCAAUACGAAGAGCGGUGACAAAAUGGCAUGAAUGUCAUAUUUCAGUGCUGAAACCAAACUAAUCAGAAACGCUCUAACGCAACAAAAAUAACACAAACCCAAGUCUGUGUUCAUUUAAGGUUCUACUUAACAUAGACGAGUAAGCUAGAUAGGAAGAGGAGGCUGUUAUUUUUUAUGUGCCAUAAUUUGAUAAAGCUUAUCACAACACUGGCCCCACCUGAGCUGAGGCUACAUGUGACUUAUGACUUCUUUUAUGACUUAAUGUUGCCGGUAAUUCUAGAAAUGAUCUGUGAACUUUUUUUUUGUGUGUUUUAGCUCUUAAUACUACAAUAACAAAGCUCUUGUGCCGUAGGUUCUUUUGCACAGUCCACUACAACAAAUGUUAUUUUCAUACAGAGGUUAAACCAGGAAGGGGUUUGGUUGGUGGAAACUGGAAAGUGGUGUGUCUCAGAAGCCGACAAUCAAACACAACAUGGACACUAAGUGAUGAAUGUGAUAAUACUUAUUUUUACAUGAAUUAUUGUGAUGCUGCUCCUCAGAUUAAGUCUGAUUGAGGAAUAAUAAGGGCUCCUAUAUGAUAAUAUCCAUCUUUAUGUCCCUGUGUUUGUUCACAAAAGCCUAUUUUGUAACACUGGCACAACUUUAUGUUUCUCUUCUUUUUUUUUUUUUGUACGACUGUUUUGUUUUUGUUUUUUUGUUUGUUUGUUUUUCAAGCCAGAUUUAAUGUUCUCCCAAACACAUUCCAUGCUGUCAGACCUUUUUGAAAGGCUGUCGUUAUUUUCAUGAUAAAUGUUGGUUGAAAGGGCCCCUUCCUCUCUGAAUUUAGCAAUAAUGUUUGAAAGCAAAAAAAAAAUAUAUAUAUAUAUAUAUAUAAAAGUCCCACCGUUAUGAUCUUUAGCAAAGUGUUGGGAAUAGCUGUUUACUACCAGUGUUUAAAAUCUUUCUCUCUCAAAAGUGAACAAAAAACAAACAAACUGCAUUCGAGUUGUAAGUCGACCCAUGUUCCACUCUAAGGUUGAGUGUCGAUAUUCCCAGGUUUGUGUUACAGUGUUCAACCUGCCUCUUACCUCCCGCUGCCUCUGACGGACAUUUCUGCGCUGCCAAUGAUGUGACACAUGAAGAGACACACAAGACAUCUGUGAUCAGAACAGCUUGUUCAGAUUUGUAGCACCUUCUUUGGAGUGUCCCUAAACCUACUGAUAGCUUAUUGAUGUUUAGAGAUCAGCCUGUCACUUGAAAUUCCAACCCAGACCUUUUUUUCAGUUUCUUACUUGAAUUGAAAGUUUACCUGGAGAGAGAUGAGUACAUUUUAUGGCUGCGAGAUUUUUAAAAUCUGCUGGCUGCUCUCACCAUCUCACUUCCUAAAGGUGUGGAAAUAUUUUUUCACAGCGCUUGAUGAAAGAAAGUCUUAAACCUGACAGCAGUGACAUAUUUUAGGACGUGUUAUACCCUCCAAACAAAGUGUGAGUCGAUGAAGCUGUUCUGCUCAGAUGUGGAAAAGAAGUCUGUUUAUUGCAAAAACCAAGUACAUUAAACUUGAUCGGCCAUCGUGGAUACACUUCAUAAUUUUUUUGUCUCAACUGGGAUUUUUGAAAACUUGAGAUUGUGGAAAAACGAGCAGUUUUACAGUACAGACAUUGGUUCUUCCUAGGUGGGCUCUACUUAACUUAGAUAUAGUUAUGCAACAACUGAUUCCUAAGGGAAGUAUAUUUCAUAGACACCCACGCAAGACCUGAAUCUGGGAUGUAACUGCACACCUGAACAGUUGUAGAGGAGUGCAGUGUGAUGGUAUUAACUUCAAGUUAGGGGUCUCGUUCGGUGCUAUGAAAUGCAAUACUUCCCAUCUGUAUCAAGUGCAUUACACAUAUGCUGUAUUUUGUAAUACAGAGAAUUUUACAGUGCAUAAAUAUUGAUAUUUAUCGCUGUAUGAUGCUUGUUCAGUGUUAUUUAUGAGAGACAAAAUAAAACCUGUCUGACUU